CUUAAUGGGUGUUUUCCAAAAAAAUAAAAUAAUGACUGUGUACAUGGUUUUUCAUUCGCUCAUCGUGGUCAUGAUUGGUACCAAAAUUUCGAAAACCUAGCUUAAGCCAUAAGGUAUCUCGAAUAUGGUGAAGCGCUCCAAUGACCGCAAUGAGAAGUGUUCUCGGACAAGAAGAAGACUCGGUGGGUCGAAUGCUGUCGGUGAUGAUGAUGGUGAUGCUGCUCAAGGCACCUCAAAAGUUAGGAAUGAGCGAGUGCAAUUGGGCACCAAAUUUGCUACUCUUCUUCGAGUCAAGGAGUCAUCAAGGCAGCGGAAGCAGAAGCAGAAGCAGAAGCGGAGGGAAAUUACUGCUCAAGGCGGCACCUCUAAAACCCAGGUCGAGGUCGAGAGGGAAAUUACUACCUCCGUAGAGGUCCAAGAGUACAGGCAACAGAGGGGAAUUACUGUUUCAAGCCGUGAUGUUCCAAACCCCAUCAGGACUUUGGGUCGCACUCCGUUUCCAGAAUAUGUUAAGGAAGAAUUUUUAAACGCUGGAUUCAUCAGGCCUACACCAAUUCAGGCUCAGGCAUGGCCAAUUGCUUUGGAGGGCCGUAAUAUCAUUGGUAUUGCUCCACCAGGAUCCGGGAAGAAGCUCGCGUAUCUGUUGCCUGCAAUUGUCCAUAUGAAAUCCCGGCCAAAGCUAUCUUGUGGAGAUGGCCCAAUAGUAUUGAUUUUAGCUCCAACCCCCGACCGCUCUAUUCAAAUCCAACAAGAGUGUACUAAAUUUGCUGCAGCACACAUCGAAGCCUUAUGCUGCGAGCAACUGAUUGGUUAUAAAAAUUCUCGUGUGGCAUGUGGAGUUGGAAUUUUAAUUGACACACCUGAUGGCGUGCUUAAUGCGUUAGAGUCGUGUCGUACAAACUUGCGAAAGGUCACAUACCUUGUGUUGGAUGGUGCUGAUUGGAUGCUAACAGAAGAAGACAUGGAGUUUAAGUCUCAAGUUCAAGAAGUUAUCUCUCAGAUUCCCCCCGACUGUCAAAAAUUGUUCUGGGGUAGUAGCUGGCCAGAGGAGGCUGAUGAACUUGCCAGGCCAUUCCUUCGUGACGCAUGCAAAGUUGAAGUAGGUUCUCCAGUUCUGAAAGCUACACAUCCAAUAGACCAAAUUGUUGACAUCGUUGCUGAAGAUCAGAAAUAUAACAAAUUGGUAGGCUUGCUAGGUGACAUCGCAGAUGGCAGCAGAAUACUGAUAUUCAUGGAUAUAAAGAAAGGAUGUGAAUCAUGUAACCUCCUCGCUCAGAAGCUUUCCGAUGAAGGUUACGCAGUCUCUGUUAAUGAAAACGUAUGUCAAUCGGAUAGGGUCCAGAUUGUCUCUGGGUUUCAAGGUGGCUAUAUCCCCAUAAUGAUUGCAACUGAUGCUGCUGCUCGUGAUCUAGUUCUGAAGAAUGUGAAAUAUGUUAUCAAUUACGACUUUCCGGGAUCCAUUGAUGAUUAUGUUUACCGCAUUGUCCUUGCUGAGCCAAAAGGAAUAGCAUACACGUUCUUUACAACUGCUAAUGCUAGAUGCGCAAAGGAACUUACCAUCUUACUCAAGGAAGCUGGACAGAAGGUUGGUCCCGAAUUGGCAGCACUGGGGCGUGAUGUACGAUAUCCAGAAAGCUUCAUACCUGGAAUCCCUCGCGGAGCAGCUAGCUUUCUGAGUGAGAAGGUUACAGGUGUUGUUUACUUUCCAAUAUAUCCGCAUUGUCCCGAGGCUAAAACUGCUGCCAGUUUCGCUGUGGACAAAGUCAAUGAAAAAAAGAAACUUCAACUGCAUUUUGUGAGAGUGGUGGAGGCAUACGAAUGCUUGUCCGGCAUUCCUGUUAGAGUAACUUAUGUAACUCUUGAGGCUGCUGAUGGCACGGCUUGUGAAAUGAAUGCUUAUGGAGCAAUAGUUGCAAGGUGGGGGAUUACUGGCAAAGUGAAAACCAUAUAUUUUGGCAGAGUUAAACCCAGUGGUCGUAUGUCAGCACUAUUCGACAUCAGAAAGAAAUUGGAUAACAGAGUCUAUAAGAUCUGGCCAGAAAGCAGCAGAAAGUUGAGGGAGUACCCUAGUAUCGCUGACAAUGAGAGGCAAAGAGAAAGAAAAGGAGCCCUCGGCGUGGCUACUGCUUAGGGCAUACUCAGAAUGGAUGUGGAGUAUAUUUUGAACAAUAUGGUUGUGUUUGGAAACGGGACCGCGCAUGAGAUUUACUUGGUUUUGGGGGGGCACAUCCUCUGUAAUCUGUUGGUGAGAGUCACACUUAUUUUGUCAAGUUUACGUGCGGAACCUUUCGUUAUAAAUUUGCAGAAAUCAGUCAGGAAAUUUCCAUCUCAAUUGGAGGCUUAAUUACCCUUAGAGAAAUCGACGAAGAUGAACACGCGAUUGACAAGCAAUAAUUUCGCACAA